UUCUACUGUGACGUGUAAUCUUGUGGAACGCUUCUUCAACAACUGCAGCCACCUCAGUAGCUCGCUGGACAACGAAGUCGGAACAUUCAAGUUCUUUAGACAAUUCCGUGGGUUAUUUGCCACUAUGCAUUAAACAUACGUAUGUGUAAACAACUAGCUACCUCAUUUAAUUUAAUAUUUACGUUAUAAGCCAGCUAGCUGGCUGGUUAGCACUAGUCUAGUCGCUAAUGCUAACAAGCUAUUAUCCCCGACCAUGAGUUCACUAAGCUACUCUCCUCCUGUUAAAGAAGAGGAGGUCUGCUGGACGGAGAAGGAAGCUCUCGUCAAGGAGGAGGAGGAAGAGAUGGAUGUUACAAUACAAAAACAAGUAGAGGGUGAGGCUGUUACAGUGAAAGAAGAAGAGAAAGCCGUUACAGUGAAAGAAGAGGAGGAAGAGAAAGAGGAGGAUGUUACAGUAAAAGAAGAGGAGGAAGAGAAGGACGCCUUCAGAGUGAAAGAGGAGGAGGAAGAUGCCGUUUUGGGAGUGGAGGAUGAAGAGGGGGAGAUUACUGUCACAUUGGAGGAGGACGAAGAAGAGAAGACUGGAGAAUUGAUUAACACCAGUAAAUACAGAGAGAGACAUGACUAUCGUGGAUCCUCUGGGGAGCCUCAACAACAUCAUGAAGCUGACGAGGCAGAGAAAACUCUCUCCAGAUCAGAACUCCUCAAGAAACACCAGCAGAAACCCACAGGGAAGAAAUCUAUCUACUGCUCUGACUGUGGGAAACAUUGCAAAUCUUCAUCAAAACUUAAAAUACACCAGCGAGUACACACAGGAGAGAAACCUUAUAGUUGUGAUCAGUGUGGCAAGAGUUUUAUUAAGUCGAACAACCUGGUAUCACACCAGAGAACACACACAGGAGAGCAACCAUAUAGCUGUAAGCAAUGUGGGAGGAGUUUUUCUCAGUCAAACAGCCUGGAUAGACACCAACGAACACACACAGGAGAGAAGCCUUAUAGCUGUGAUCAAUGUGGGAAGAGUUUUACUCGGUCAAGCUCCCUGAAAUUACACCAGAAACUACACACAAGAGGGCAGUCAUAUAGCUGAGAGCAAUGUGACAAGAGAUACUCUCAUUCAAGUGGUCUGAUUAAACAUCAGAAAAUACAUGCAGGAGAUCCACAGAGUGGAAUGAUCUCCAACACCAGACCUGGGUAGUAGAACACAGAGUGUGGAAUGAUCUCCAACACCAGACCUGGGUAGUAAAACACAGAGUGUAGAAUGACCAACACCAGACCUAUAUACAUCCAAUCACAUUUUAUUUGUCACAUACACUUGUUUAGCAGAUGUUAUUGCGGGUGUAGCAAAAUGCUUGUGUUUCUAGCUCCAACAGUCCAGUAAUAUCUAACAAUACACACAAUCUAAAGAAUGGAGUGAUGUCAGAGCGGCAUAGACUAAGAUACAGUAGAAUAGGAUAGAAUACAGUAUGUACAUAUGAGAUGAGUAAUGCAUAGACUAAGAUACAGUAGAAUAGGAUAGAAUACAGUAUAUACAUAUGAGAUGAGUAAUGCCAGAUGUGUAAACCUUAUUAAAGUGACUAGUGUUCCAUUCCUUAAAGUGGCCAAUGAUUUCAAGUCUGUGUAUGUAGGCAGCAGCCUCUGUGUGUUAGUGACGGCUAUUUAACAUUCUGAUGGCCUUGAGAUUGAAAAACAGCUUCUGUCUCUCGGGCCCAUCUUUAGUAGACCU